AGGAUCGUCGAAGUUCCCGAUUUCGAGAACGAAUUCGUCCGGGCGAAGACUUUCCUGCAAACUGGAAGCACGGUGACUGGGGAGAAUAUGUACGAUCACCUCACCGACGUCCUCAACAAGAUCUUGGCUGAGAGACCCGAGAACGUGAUCGACUUCUUCGAGGAGUACAGCAGGAAAGUUAAGGAGAAACGGUUCAAACCUCUGACCGAUCAUUUGGAAGAUAUUUACGUUUCCCCGCUGCGUUACGAGUUGGCCAGGAAGUGGCAGCCUCUUCUCAGGCCGUUACCAGUUGAUGAACCUUCGACGAUGGACCCAGAGGAUCAGGAAAUUGCGGAUAUGACUAGGAACGAUAUGCUGCAGCUGCAGUAUUACUUCGAGAUGGCAGCUUUCGGGCUUCCGCGCACCGAGAUGUUCGCAAUCCUCUUAUCGAUGAUGAGGUUAAUCAAGAAAGAGCCGGUAGUUUCUAUAAGAUUUUGGGGGAAAAUCUACGGUUUGUACAGGAAUUAUUUAGUGGUAGAAACGGAUUUGAAGGAGGAAGAGUACAUGAAAAAGAACGAAAAUUUCUUAGAGGAAUUGAAGCUGAAGGAAGAGGCUAAAGCUUUAGAAGAAGCGGCAAAGCUCGAGUUGGCAACGCAGGAGAUUAAAGGCGAAGAGAAUACCACCGGUAUUCCUCGACCAUUACCUCCGGAACCUGUCAAUCUGUACGAGGAAGAACCGGAGGCUCCGGAUGAACCGGCCGGCGUCGGCGUUAACAAGAAAGUCUAUUACGUCUGUCACGAGGUGGGCGAUGACUGGAUUCAAUUGCCCGAGGUCACUGCAAAGCAGAUUAGGGUCUCUCGUUUAAUCCGGAAAUCUUUCACCGGAAGCCUAGAACAAAAGGUCGACGUGUACCCGGAAUUUCCCGGAAACGAAAUGAAUUUGCUUCGCGCUCAAAUCGGUCGCAUUUCCGCAGGUACGCAUAUAUCUCCUCUCGGCUUUUACACCUUUGGUGGUGAAGGUGGAGAAGAAGAGGAGGAGGAAGAGGCUGAAGAAGAGGAAGGUGGUGGUGGUUCGAAGACCACGUAUCGCGAGAACAUGAGAUUCGAAGGGGUUGCGAUUAGGGAUUUGAUUGAUAGUAGCAUGUCGUUUUGGGUGCACCACGCUCUUAAUAUUUUACCACAAGGAAGAACCACCUGGUGGAAUCCGUAUCCGCAGGAGAUGGAUGAAGAGAUGGGUGAGGAGGAGGAAGAGAAGGAAAGGAAAAUUGGUCCUGAACCUGAAACCGGACCACCGCUGUUGACUCCGCUCUCCGAAGAUUCUGCACUGGAGACCAUCAGGCCUUGGUCCGUGCGUUCCUCUUCGAAUAUCAUGCAGAAUUACGCGAUUGCUAUAGUUCGUUCGAACAUUUGGCCAGGCGCAUUUUGCUUCUCGAAUCAAGGGAAGAUUUUUCAAAAUAUUUACUUGGGUGAUGGUUUGAAGCAACUGGCGCAGACUUUCUCGCCGAAACCGUUGCCGCCUGUACAGCAGGACUAUCCAAUCGGACCGGAGAUCAUGGAAAUUGAUGAUCCUACUGGAGCUGAAGAGGAGGCUUGGAGGAUUGCGCAUUUGCCCAAAGAGAAACCGCCAGCUGACGAAAUGGCCGAAGAGGAAGAGGAGGAAGAUGAGGAUGAUGAAGACGAUGAUGAUGAUGAUGACGACGAUGAUUAAUCUUAAUUUCCUCUGUUAUGUCAUUUCAUUCAUACAUGCACAAAUAAAUAAAGGAAGAAUUAUCA